AUGAGGGCAGUCGAGAUCCUGGGGGCUCGCCUCAUGUGGCUGCAGGACUUCUCCAUCAAACACGCCAGCAUGGGCAAGCCCUCCCGCUGCCCCAGCGACCCGGACCCCCAGGACUGUCAAGAGAUCCCCGGCUUUGCUGCCCCGUGCUCGCCCAUGGCCGCCGACCCGGCAUGCAUGGGUAUGCCUCACGCUCCCUGCAAGCCCAUCUCCUCCUCCACCUCGAGGACGGCGCACCCCGCCAUGGCCACGCACCCUCAGCUCGCGGAGGACAUCGACUACAAGACCAACCCGUACGUCAAGCCGCCCUACUCCUAUGCCACCCUCAUCUGCAUGGCGAUGGAAGCCAGUGAUAAGCCCAAAAUCACCCUCUCUGCCAUCUACAAGUGGAUUACCGACAACUUCUGCUACUUCCAACAUGCCGAUCCCACCUGGCAGAACUCCAUCCGGCACAACCUCUCCUUGAACAAGUGCUUCAUCAAGGUGCCCCGGGAGAAGGGCGAGCCGGGGAAAGGUGGGUUUUGGAAGCUUGACCCCCAAUAUGCUGACCGGCUCAAGAACGGUGCCUUCAAAAAGCGAAGGACACCCCCAGUGCAGAUCCACCCAGCCUUCACCAAAAAAGCCCAGCAAGAAGCACAGUGCGUCACCAGCCUGGCCACUUUAGCUUGCACCUCUGAUAACAUCUUCGAUGUCAACAUGGAGUCACAGCAGUUGCUGAAAGAGUUUGAAGAAGUCACUGGUGACCAGAACUGGAAUCCAGCGGGUGCCAAAGUAGGGCAAAAGCGCAAGCAGCCCUCACCCCAGCGAAUGGCCAAGGUGUCUCGGCUUUCCAGCUGUGCCUUGCUGACCCAGGAAGAGCAGAUCGAGCUGGGAUCGCUGAAAGGUGACUUUGACUGGGAAGCCAUCUUUGACACCAACCUGAAUGGAGACUUCUCCACUUUUGGGGAUGUAGAGCUCACGCCUCCAAUGAGCCUCAUAUUGCACGACGUGGACUUGGCAGCACCCGGGCACAUAGACUGUGCCCAAGGGCAGGAGCAGGUCCUCCAUGAAUCCAGCCAGAACAACCUGGACUUUGAUGAAACCCUCGUGGCCACUUCUUUCCUGCAGCAUCCCUGGGAUGAAGGGACCAACGAUUACCUCCCCAACUCCGUCAACAUGGAGCAGUUGUUUGAACUCGACACCGCUUCUUUGCCAGUGGAUGUGAGCGACUGGAGCAGUCUGGCGUCCCUCUUAUAA